AACGUACGUCAGGUUUCCAACAUGGCUGACUAAUGUAGUGAAGCUGUCGCAAAGCUAGUCGAAAUCGAUGUAAAAUACAUAGUAAAUAAUAAAAAAUAAUAUCUCAGUCAGAUUUAAAUAGCUUACUUAGCUGCAACGGAGUUUGGGUUACUAUAUAAUGACUUGUUGGACGUGCAAAGUUUCAUUUUGGAUUAAAAAUUCACUUUAUUGUAGGAAAUAUGCUCGCCCGUGAGCUAGGUUAGCCAGCGGUAGCAUAGAUUCAAAACUAGUCUGCUCCAAAAUUAAAUCCGCUUUCUCUUCAAAUUGAAGCAAUGUUGGGAUUUCUGACAGCGAGGCAGGCUGGGCUGGAUGACCCUCUGCGACUGCGACGUGCAGAGUCAACGAGAAGGGUCCUCAGUCUGAAGUUGAAUCCUGACAGAGAUGUGGAUAGAAUCCAUGGAAAUGGCAUCAACACCAUUGACAUUGAAGCGAUAGAGGGCAGAUACAUGUUGUCUGGAGGAGCAGAUGGAGUGAUCGUUAUCUAUGACCUGGAGAACUACAGUGGGAAACCACAGUACACCUGCAAGGCAGUCUGCACAGUAGGCAGAUCUAGCCAGAAUGUCCACAAAUUCAGUGUAGAGACCGUUCAGUGGUAUCCUUACGACACAGGCAUGUUUGUCUCCAGUUCCUUUGAUAAGACCAUGAAGGUCUGGGACACUGAGACACUGAAGCCUGCUGAAGUCUUUGAGUUUGAGGGUAAUGUCUACAGCCACCACCUGUCCCCCAUCGCCAGGAAGCACAGCCUCAUUGCAGUUGGCACCAAAAACCCUAAAAUCCAGUUGUGUGACCUGAAGUCUGGCUCACGGAUUCAUGUUCUUCAGGGUCACAGAGCAGAGGUCCUGUCUGUGCGAUGGUCGCCCAGAUACGAGCACAUAUUGGCCACUGCGAGUGCAGACAGCAAGGUGAAAGUAUGGGAUGUGCGCCGGGCUUCUGGUAGUCUCUUCACUCUGGACCAGCACAGCGGAGAUAAGUCAAAAGCCUCCUCUGAGGCAGUAAACACAGCCCAUAAUGGCAGAGUGAAUGGCCUGUGCUUCACUGGUGAUGGCCUCUACCUCCUCACAACUGGAACUGAUGACCGCAUGAGACUAUGGAAUAGUGCCACUGGGGAAAACACACUGGUGAAUUACGGGAAGGUCUGCAACGACAGUCGUAAAAGGCUACAGUUCACAGUGUCACGUGGCUGCAGCCCUGAGUUUGUGUUUGUGCCAUGCGGCAGCUCCAUUGCAGUGUAUGCCCUCCACACUGGAGAGCUGGUCACUAUGCUCAGGGGUCACUACAACAAUGUCGAUUGCUGUGAGUUCCACCCAGACUACCAGGAGCUGUAUAGUGGAGGUAAAGACUGUAACAUCCUGGCGUGGGUUCCUGCCCUCCGUGCCUCAGAUGUGGAAGAAGAGUUACACUGUGCAAAUACGGCUGCUGCUGGCCAGUCUUCAGUGAACCCUGCCUUUCAGGACGCAUGGAGUGAUGAAGAUUAAUGCUGGUGUUUUGUAUGUGUGAGGAAAAGUGGACACACGGUUCUCUGAGCAUGCAAAGGAGCACACAUCCUUCACAAUUAACUUGUCAAAAAAUUGACAGGUCCAGGGACACCUGUGAAGAUAAUUGUUGGUUUAGGGACAUUCUUCCGGUUUCAUCAAUGCCAACAAAGAUGAAGGCCUUAAAAUUAAAAUGAUUUGAGUAAAUAAUUGUCCGACUUUAUAAGUAUGCACAAUGUUAUGAAUAAUUUUCGUACAUUUGAUAUGGCAUUACUAUUGUUUUGCAUUUUUUAUUUGAAUGUAAAGCUAACAUAGUCCUUGGUCAUACUCAUGGGGGAUGACCACUACUGUCUGGGCAAAUUAUAAUAUGAGAAUACAUCUUUAUUGUAAUUUCACACAACUCACACACUUGUUUAUGAUGCUGACACUAUAUUAAAUUCAUACAUUCUGUAAGAGGUACAAGAGAGAGAUUUGUAAGCUUUUUAAACAGCUGUCUUUUAGCUUGUGUGUUUCUGGAGCUCAGGUGAGAAGGCACUGCCCAGAAUCUUCACAUGCCAGGAACCAGGCAUUCAAAAACACAGGGUGUCUUGUUGUCAUUCCUAGGAAAAUUUGCUUUUGUUUUUAAGUUGUGCUGUCAGCCCUUGUUGAAAGUAAGCAGCAGGGAACGAUACUGAAAUCUCUUUCUCUGUCCCACCCCCAUCACAGUUUUACAUAUUGGCUUUGUUUCCUUGGAAACACUGGGAACUUAUAUGAGGCUUCAUACUGACCUAUCUGUAUGAAAUGUACCAUUGUUUCUUGCAUACAAAUGUAGUAAUUUGAAUGUGAAAGGAUUAUUUAUAUCCAGGUUACUGUUUCUGUCCUCAUUGUGUACAAGUUCUCAGUUCUGCUUUCCCCACUUUACCUGAAGUGUCUUGAAUUGUACUGUAUUUUUUUUUUUUUAAAUGUGUCUGUCUUAUAAUAAAAGAGCUGGGAAUGCUACCUCCUUUA